UCGCCAAUCUCAGAUUUACAGCAUCCAUCUUCAAGAACUCAAGAAACCAAAAGAAACCCUUUCUUCCAUUUUUCAACUUACUCAAUUUUCCCUGCCUGUUCCUUCUUGCAUGGCAGUGAGGUUGUUGUCACAUGAGUUAUCUGACUUGUGUCUUGGCAAGCCAGCGUUGAGGUCACUUUCGGUAACUUCCACCGUUUCCGAGGCUCUCGAGGUCUUGAAAACCUCCGAUGAUAACUCCGUCAGCGUCUGGAGUUGCGAUCAUAAGGCCAAAUUUGGUCCGGCUGCUGGUUUUUGUGAAGAUGAUUGUAGAUGUGUAGGCAAAGUUUGUAUGGUGGAUGUGAUUUGUUAUCUUUGCAAAGAUGAAAACUUGGCGUCACCUUCGCUUGCUCUGAAGGAUCCUGUUUCUGUGCUUUUGCCUAAGGUUCCUGGCCUUGUUUUGCAUGUGGAACCUUCUUGCAGCUUGUUAGAAGCAAUUGAUCUUAUACUUGGAGGAGCUCAAAAUCUAGUGGUACCAAUCAAGACGAAGCUCAGCAACAAGAGAAAACAACACCAGAAGCCAUCACCCACGGUUACUAUUCACAAAGGCCGUGAAUUUUGUUGGCUAACUCAAGAAGACAUAAUCAGAUUCCUACUCAGCUCCAUUGGCCUCUUUUCGCCAAUCCCCGCCGUCUCCAUCGACACUCUCGGCAUCAUCAGCUCUGAAAUUCACACCAUUGAGUACCAUUCCCCUGCCUCUGCAGCCAUAGGAGCCAUUUCUCGAGCACUCGUGGACCAAACUUCAGUGGCCGUCGUUGAUAGCGAGGGAACUUUGAUUGGAGAAAUUUCCCCUUUCACCUUGGCCUGCUGUGACGAGACGGUCGCAGCAGCUAUCAAUACCUUGUCCUCUGGGGAUCUAAUGGCCUACAUCGACUGUGGAGGUCCACCAGAGGACCUAGUCCGCGUCGUUUCUGUGCGGUUGAAGGAAAGAAAUUUGAAUGGAAUGCUUGAACAUUUUACCAUGUCAAUGUCAUAUGGUGGAUUCUCCUCAUCGUCUGAUGAGGAAUCCACGGCGGUCGUGUCACCAUCGCCGAGGUCCCUAAGACAUAGUAGGUCGAUGAGUUAUUCGGCCAGGAUGGUGAGGAGAGCGGAGGCGAUCGUUUGUCAUCCCAAGAGUUCAUUGGUUGCAGUGAUGAUCCAAGCCAUUUCACAUAGAGUUAAUUAUGUUUGGGUUAUAGAAAAUGAUUGUAGCUUGGUUGGAAUUGUCAUAUUUUCAGACAUGUUAAAAGUUUUCAGGGAACAUUUGGAAGCCAUUGCUUGAAAAAAGAUGGACUAAAAUAAUUAAUGGAUCUUCCUUUUUAA